AAGCCUUUCUCCCCGAGUCUCCAGUUGUCUUCCCUGCAAAAAUCAACCGGGAAAAGCUUACAGAAUGUACUUUUUUGCCCAUCAGAACCGAUCGGGAAGCAAAGCACUCUGAUAUUCGGAGACCGUUGAGGGGAAGUCUAUAGCCACAUAUAGCCAAAUGGGACCAAAAAUUUGUCAAGUGUGCGACGAUGCACAAUCAAAAUACAAGUGCCCAAGGUGUCUGGUUCCCUACUGUUCUUUGGUCUGUUUCAAGAAGCACAAAGAAAUUCCGUGUUCAAAGCCUGAAUCUUCUUCUCAAGCUCCCAAACGAGCUGUGCAUCUUGGGAAACCCUAUUAUGUUCAUGACCCAAGUGAAUCGCUGCAACAGGUUCAACUGGAGUCCAUAGCUUGUUCGAGUGAAAUUCGUGAUAUAUUGAAGGAUAAAGAGCUUCAAAAGCUGAUACUCAAUGUAGACGGUUCUGCAGAGGCUGAAAAAGAGCUAGGCAAAGCAAUGGAAGUGGAUGCAUUCCGCAUUUUUACUGAGAAGAUAUUGUCUAUAAUUGGUCCUAAAGUCUAAGCACUGAGCCACAAGCAACAAAGUGUUUGCUCUUUCAAUUGAAACGGUGGUAAACCUGCACUUGCAUUCAUGGCAGUGCCAUAACAAUUAUUUUCUGAUGAUACAUAUAGUCUAGUAAAUUUUGUAUUGGAUGCACUUACUACCUAUGUCCCUCGUUUGACAGAUGUGUGUACAAAAAACUCGCACGUAUCGAAGGCUGAUCUGUAAAUGCCAUUUUUGAACUCAACGACGGCCAUUAUUUGUAUUGCAUGCUAAAAUCUUGACUUCUGUAUUUUAGCCAAUUCUGUAGAUGUCAUCUGUGAACUCA